CGCAUCGAUGAUUGCCAAGUGUUCUUCUGGCCUGUAAACAUCCCAAAACAGCCACCGCUCCUUUCCCCAUCCUGUCCCUAGUCCCGGCGAGCCGGCAGCGACCUGCGCCGUGAGAGCUGACUGCCUCGAGGAACUGAUCCGUGAGCCGGGAAGGAGGCCAUGCCGCCAGAAGAAGGAGGAGGCGAGCAUGGCUGCGCGGUGCAGGACCACCCGCCGGCGACCGACCGUCGCGACGAGGACGCUCCGCCCCAUUCUACGCCGCUGCUCCCCGCCGUUGAUCCAGUGGCUUCCGAGGAGAAGGAGCAGCAGGAAGAGCAUCAGCAGCCGGCGGCGAGUCUCCCUGAGGGCCCCCUCGUCGAAAUACUUGCUCGGGUGCCCUACAGGUCACUCUGCCGCUUCAAGUGCGUGUCCAAGGCGUGGCUUGCCUUCUGCUCCUCCCGGGACAUCCGCAGGAGGUCACCGCAGACCCUUUCUGGCUUCUUCUACAACGACAGAAGUGGCCUCCAUUUCUGUAAUUUGUCGGGAAGAGGUCAGCCUCUGGUUGACCCUUCGCUCUCUUUCUUGCGUGAGAGCUACAAAGACAUUUUUGUCGAGCAAUUCGGCGACGGCCUUCUUCUCUGUAGAUGCUGGAACACAGGAACCAGAAGCGAUUAUCUUGUGUGCAAUCCUGCAACUGAGGAGUGGACUGUGCUGCCUCCUUUACUGUUUCCAGCUCAAGAGUUUGGCCACCUGUUGCACUUCAAACCAAUCACUUACUUAGGCUUCGACGCGUCUGUUCCAUCCCGCUUCGUGGUGUUUGCGCCUCUGACCAAUGGUCUGAAUGAUUCCAGAAAACUGGCGAUCUACUCAUCAGAAACUGGACAGUGGACCUACGUGCCGAGCAAGUGGGUCGCCGGGACUCUUGUGGAUCAUAGUAGGAAAACACGGGUCUUCCUGAAUGGCACUAUGCAUUUGAUCACCCUUCAUAAAACAAUAGUCACGAUUGAUGCGGAGGGGAAAGUUUGGAGAGAGAUUGAAAUGCCAAAUGAAUUGCCGAGCGGCUCUGAUACCGCUUCCAUUGGGCAGUCUCAGGGGCGCUUGUAUGCGUGGCAGAUAGAUAGUCCUCGCAACUGUCAGCUCUACAUUUGGGUUCUUGAGGAUUACGGUACUGGAAAGUGGACCCUGAAGCACACUGUUGAUAUUUUGGAAUUGUUUGGGAGACAUUAUCGCAAAGAUGAGUAUUGUUAUAAGAUGUUUGCAAUUCACCCAGAUUGUAAUGUGAUUUUUCUCACUGAUGGAAACAAGAUGACAGUGUCGUACAAUUUGGAUAAUCAUAAAGUUGAUGUUAUCUGCACUGAAUCCAUGUAUGGUCUACCUUAUACUCCCUGUUUUUCGGAAUUGCUGUCAGCUGGUCAUUAA